AGACAGCCACCCAUCGCCCUCCUCCUGCAACUAUAACCCGUCCUACUGUAACACAAAGCAACACAAGUGGCGUUGUUGCAGCAACAGAAUUACCCCACGCACCGCACUGCAAGAAUACAAAUUUGUAGAAACAUGAUUGCAGCUGUUCUGCUGCUGUGUGCUGUCAGAGCGUUGUGUUCUAAUGAUGUCUGUGUAUCCAGUCAUGAGGCAGCAUGUUUUCGUCCAGCUGAUUAUCUGAAUUAUCUGAAUGCAUCUGAUCCCGUCAGCAAAGAGCUGACUGUUGGUGAGAAACUCAUCAUCUCUCUGGAGGACCUCUCUGAAUCUCUCGUCUGCUACUGGAUGAGAGGAGGAGACAGACUAAUGACAACAGAAGGAAAUCAGUUAAUGGUCACACCACCGCUUUCAGAGACAGACUCAGGGGAGUACACGCUGACCUGUCAAUCCAGAAAUGACACCUUGUUCUCCGUGACUGUGAUUCUUCAUGUAGUAAUGAAACGUCCCACAAAACCACAGCUGAUGCUCGAUGGCGUUGACCGCCCAAAGACUUCCCCCCUUUUUAAAUGCAUCUCUGAGGGCUCUCCACAUCCUACAAUUGAAUGGAAUUUGGGAAACUAUGGAGGUGCGAAUAAGACAAGCAAUGGAAGGACAGAGAGCACAAUAACAAGCAGUGAUUUUGAUAAAACAGGAAUGAUGUGCUGUGCAACCAAUGCUGAAGGACAAGAGUGCUCCCAAAUGUAUGACUACGACUUAGAGAGGAACUUAAUGAACAAAGAUGAGGUAUCUAAUGUCACCCUGGGCAAAGGGCAGUCUCUGCUGCUUCGCUGCAGAAUGACAUGGAAGAGUCCACCAUCACCUGUGUGGGAGAAAGGAGGAGAAGUUCUCGAUGCCAGCAUAUUAUCAUGUAAACCGGAGAAGGAGGAGAUGUGCAUUAAAAAUGACAGACAUCAGGGCAGUCGGAUGGCCUACCUGUCCAUCAGAUCACUUAGAGAGGAGCACAGCGGCACAUACACCUGCAAGGGUCCAAAUAAAAACCAAACAUCUGUUUAUGUUCAUGUCUUGGUUAAAGGUUUCCUCUCUGCUCAGCUGGAUGAGCACAAGAUCAUACCAGCUCAGCUGGCAUCCAGCACCUGCUUGCAGGCCAGUGUUUCCUACAACCCUGUUCUCCAGCACUGUUCCUGGGAGACUCCUGACAAAAAUAUGAUUAGAUGUGUCAGGGAGACAGGUGUAACACAGCACAGGACUGUGAAGCUUUGUGAUGGACUCAUAUCAGGAGAUUACAAGUUACACCUGGAGGCUGGAGGACAAAAGGAAACAAAGAACAUAUCAGUGUGUGUUGUAGGUAAACCAAAGUUCAAAUUCUCAGUUAAUGAGGCUAAUGAUACCUACACCGUUGAGACUGAGAGUCUGGUGCCAGCAAACUAUACCUGGUUGGAUUGCUCUGAAUUCAAUGAAAGCUGUGAAACAGACUCUUCCUGGAAAGAGAUCCCAAAUGCAUUUCAAACUGAUUCUGAUGUUUCCUGCAACAAGAUAAUCCAGAGCUCACUGAGCACAGGCCUGGUGGAUGGAGACCGUUUAAAGUUUUGCCUGACAAACACAGUUGACUCCUGGUGCGAAAUUCAUCACAUAAUUUACAGACCAUCUUUAUUCCAGUCCACUAUAGACUUAGAGAGCAACUUAAUGAACACAGAUGAGGUAUCUAGCGUCACCCUGAGCAAAGGUCAGUCUCUGCUGCUUCGCUGCAGAAUGACAUGGAAGAGUCCAUCAUCACCUGUGUGGGAGAAAGGAGGAGAAGUUCUCGAUGCCAACACAUCAUCAUGUAAACCAGAGAAGGAGGAGAUGUGCAUUAAAAAUGGCUCACAUUACAGCAGUCGGAUAGCCUACCUGUCCAUCAGAUCAGUUAGAGAGGAGCACAGCGGCACAUACACCUGCAAGGGUCCAAAUAAAAACCCAAAGUCUGUUUUUGUUCAUGUCUCGGGGGGCCCACCUACUUAUAAAAGCUUGAUGCUGCUGAAAGUAGGCAGUUUGAUUCUGCUUCUGGCCUGGCUGUAGUGCUCGUGUACCUCAUCAAAAAAAGAAAAAAAAAGUUAUACAUAAUCAUUUUGCAAACAAACAAUAAAGAACGCAACCCACCAGUCACUGUGGAACCAGCUUAUAUACUCUCUGUUAUAACACUAUAACCACCAGACUUCCAGCGACUGCCACUAUGCACCGACCAGUGUGGACAUUCCUGAAUGACAAAACAGAAAACGAGACACCAUCACUAACUGACUGCUGAGACAUCUGAGUAAGAUAUGUUGAUUUCUGCUGAGGAUUUUCUGAAACCAUCAGAAACAGUGAGAUCAGCUCUCUACCAUUUUAUGCAUACAAAAUGUUACUCUGUAGUCUUCUCAUAAUAAUUUGGAGUGGAAUCAACAUGCUUUAUAUCUCAUUGAAGUAUAGUUAGCAUUUUAUUCUUAUUGGUGGUAUUGGAUAAAACAUUAUACUAUCGUUCCAGCAUCUGCAUAUUUAACAAAAUGGUUUAAUUAUAUAAAAUUUAAGCAAAUUAUAUUUUAUGAAUGAGCUGAGGUCUGAAU